AUGACGCUCGCAUGGCGCAAGAGCGACCGCGGCGUGCUGAUGGGCUACCUGAUUAGCGCUGGGAUCCCCAAGGGGAAGCAAUGCAAGCAGGUUGUGUGUUUGAGCUGCAUGAACAGGCUGCUCGCUGUGGUGGCAGAGAGCGCAGAUGGGUUGUCGGUCACGUUAAGUGGCAGGAAGGAUGGUGGGCAAGACACGCCCAUCUUGCGGCGGCAGAGGGGGGAAGGGCCUUGGAACCAAAGUUUCGAGCUCACGGACGAUGUGCUGAGCUUCCUUUGUCGAGAGAAUGCAACGACAGGACUGGGGCAGAGGCCAGUAGCCACGGCGGCGACCCAGAUCGGCGAUCGAGGCAUGGCGAAGGGUGUGCGGCCGAGGGUGAAGGGCGCUUCAGAGGAGACGAGCCCUGAGGGGGCUGUUUUAGGCAUAAAGGAGCAGGCGGUGCGGUACCUCGUGAUGAUGACGUCUCCCAAGGAGUCGGUUCGCGUCUUCCUCCCAACAGGGUCGGCGUCCCCUCCGCUUAGGCUCUACAUGUCGGCGUGGGAUCACAAUGGAGAGGGCCGGCCAAAAGGGCUUGGGAAGCCAUCCAAGACCCACGCGCUCCCAGAGACCGUCUGGUGGAGCGCGCUCGGCGAGCUCUGCUGUACGUGCCACCGGGGCCGGCUGCUGGAGGACGCUCCUUGUGUCCACAAGCUGGCAAUGGCGGCCCUCAGCGAAAGCUGGACCUCGACCGCGGAGCUGCCUACUCACGACUUGCUUGGCAGGGGGGCGAAGGUGGAGCGGGUUGGCUCGGAUGAGACGGGGAGCUACUUUGCGGUGGCCGACAACCUCCAAGGGCCGCCUAGCCCGCAGAGACGCAUGGUCUUCCGCAGCAGCAAGGGGGCUUGGUAUUGCGAGGGGAAGCGCGACGGGUGCCCGAGCCUCACCGACUGCUCGCACGUCAUAGCGGCAAAGGCGGCUCUGAGGGUUGAGAAAGACGUUUCCGUGGCGGACCAGCUGGUGUUGAGGCUGUCGGAACCCUUGUCGAUGGCGGCGCUAAGCUGGCUCGAGCGGUGGAACGGAGAAUUGCCAAAGAUUGGAGUCCUCCCCGCCGUGGGCACCUCCUCGCAGGGGGGAGGUGAUGCGGUGCUGUCGCAGGAAAAGCGGUAUCUUGUUGGC